ACGAAUUUUUCUGUGUAUCAUAAUGCAUGUUUCGUAAAUAUACAAACCCACAAAAAAAUUUUAAAAAAAUUGAUAAUUUUCGUUUUUUUAAAAACACCUCCCGAUUUUUCGAGUUCAUUUAAUAUUGAUGAGAGAUGUGAAAGAUAAUGAUUAUGAUAUUGUAGUUUUACCUGGUGGACCAGGUACUCAAAAGCUUAAAGCAUCUCAAGAAGUUAAAGAAUUGCUUCAAAAGCAAGAGAUGAAUGAUAGGUGGAUAGCUGCAAUUUGUGAUGCACCAACAGUUUUGAAAGCGCACGGAAUCGACAAAGGAAAAACAGUAACUUCUUUCCCUGACGUUAAGGAUGAGAUGACUAAGGAUGGCGAUUACAGAUACAGUGAAGAAAGCGUAGUUGUCGAUGGAAAACUCAUCACAAGUCGCAGUCUAGAUCCAGAAACAGCAUUCUAUUUAGGUCUCACAAUUAUUGAAGAAUUGGUCGGAACAGGUACCCGAGACAGAGUAGCUCAAGGAUUUCUGUAAAAGGAAAAUUCAAUCGUUUGCGCAUAGUCACCAAUCCAAAAUACGUAAUAAAUAUGUAUAUAGUUGAGAUUUAAUUUAUCUUUAUUGAUUAUUAUUGGUGCCGCGAUGUUCAAGUAUCACCUGGAAAUUAUUAACUAAUUAAGUUAAAGAAUAAAGUUAUCUUGUUAUCUACACAA